CCCACCAUGAUUCGGACACGAGUUGACUGGGAGUACACUACGGAGCGUGCAAAUGAUUCGAGUCUCAGUAUGGUAAACGGGACAUAUUGGCCGAGAGGGAAAAUGCUAGGUGGAUCCAGUGCAAUCAAUGGAAUGAUGUACGUUCGUGGCAACCAGGACGACUAUGACGAGUGGGAACGUUUGGGAAAUCCUGGAUGGAGAUGGAAUGACAUCCUGAAGUACUUUAUCAAAUCUGAAGAUAACAGUGCACCUGAGGUUGUUAGAAGUUACGGAGGAAAAUAUCAUGGUGUAGGUGGAUAUUUGAGCGUAGAGUUUUACGGUGAUACGAAUGAGUAUAAUGAAAUACUAAAACAAGCAACGACUGAAGCGGGUUACAAGCAGCUGAUAGAUUUAAACGGAGAGGAGCACAUCGGAUACGGUAGACUGCAGCUGACCGCUAAAGGCACAACGCGAGCGAGUACAGCAAAGGCAUUUCUUAAUUCUAUUCAAGAUCGUAAAAACUUACACAUAAUUAAAAACGCGUUUGUGGUAUCACUUCACUAUGGUAGUGAAAACAUUGUUCGAGGGAUAAACAUGAUAGUAGAUAACCAAUAUUCGUUAAGGGCGAUCGCUUCGAAGGAAGUUAUCUUGUCAGCGGGAGCUAUAAAUACCCCUCAACUAUUGAUGUUAUCUGGUAUAGGAAGGCCAGAAAGUUUAGAGCCGUUCGGCAUACCAGUGCGAGCGGAGUUAGACGUUGGAGGAAAUCUACAAGAUCAUGUGCUUGUACCGGUAUUUUUUGGGAUUGGGAAAUCGAUUACCAAUCUUACUGAAAUUAGACAACGAGUGAUGAUUAACCUUUUUGACUUCACUCUACGCAAUAGAAGCACGUACAUAGAUCUCAACAGAUUUUCAGAUUACAUGGGAUUCGCUAAUACAAAGAACGGUGAUGAAAAAUUCCCUGAUGUGCAAUUUGUAAACUUAUUACUUCCAAAAGGAGAUGCUAACUCGGUGGAUAUUUACACUGGAAUGGGCUACAACGAGAAGGUGCUGAGUUCAAUUAGAAAACAUGUACAAGAACAAGAUGUGGGCAUUGUUUGGGUUAUUGGUAUCGAUCCAAAGUCUCGUGGACGCCUGCGGAUUAGAUCAGCUAAUCCAUACCAUCAUCCAUCGAUUGUUACGGGAUAUUUCAGCAAUCUGAAUGACUUGGAUGUGAUCCGCAAGGGCAUUCGAAUGCAACAGACCUUAUUCAACACGAAAACGUUACGAAGGUAUCGACCAAAUCUGCUGAGAAUUGAUAUUCCAGAAUGUGACGCUUUGGAGUACGACUCAGAUAAUUUCUGGGAAUGUUAUAUACGGCAUAUGAGUACUACUAUCUACCAUGCAAGUGGUACGGUUAAAAUGGGUCCUUGGAGUGAUGCAGGAGCAGUGGUCGAUUCCCAGCUGAGGGUUUAUGGGAUUGAGCGAUUGCGAGUUGUAGAUGCCAGCAUAAUGCCAACCGUAACUAGUGGUAAUAUCAAUGCUCCUACUAUUAUGAUCGCAGAAAAGGGUGCAGAUAUGAUUAAAAAUUCUUAUCUCUGACAAUGUUAACUCGCAGUAAUUAUGAAUAAAACUAAACAAAUGAUGAUUAUAACUAUCACUUUUCAUAACCACCACGUCACAGACUCAUUGUGUGAUUAUAGAAAUAAAUUUACGAUUUUGUACUUAAGUUUCGUAUGAUCUCAUGUAAUAGAUGAUACCUAGUUGUAGACUACGUUUUCGAAACUGUUGUUAUGUCCCUAGGCUUAUGUUUAGCAGCUAAAAUAAAAUCACUUAUCUUGGUCGUUUGGGAUUCUACGUGUUUUUAUCCUACAAACCGGUAGAAAGGGGAUUCGAUAUAUAUAUAUGUAACCCU